UACAUUUCUAUUUUCUAGUAUCAUCGUCUGGGGACCCGGGUUUGGGCCUUGUAGACUCACCAAGCAAAUUACACAGCUCAUUAUUCAGAUAUCUAAGUAGGGAAAACCCGAUAGUUUUCGGGUUUCAUGUAACCCAAUUACCCAAAAUCAUAAGAACCUGGUAAAGUAUAAAAAUUUCGAGGGCAUAGCAAUUUUCCAAGUUUUCGAUUUUUCAAUUGCUUUGCACAUUUCAUAGAGUAGUAGUUUCGAUUUUCGACUUGAAAUUUGUAAGGGGCAUUUUUUUGAAUGCAAAAUAGUAAUUUUUGUUGAAAUGGACUGCACCAAUGAAAUUCUGGGAGAGUUGCUGAAUGUGGAAGCUGAGCUUCAAGAUGUUCAAGAUCAGAUAAAGCUAUUGCUUGAUCAGCAAGAAAAGUUGUAUGCCAGACAGUCUGAACUAAAGGCAAUACUUGAAGAUUGUGAAACAUCAGAUAGCCACCAUAAUGAUGGUGCCUCAACUGCUAUGGAGAAUUGGUCGGGGUCCUUUGGCUGGGAUUCUCAGGCUGAUGAUCUCCGGCUCAACAUAUUUGGCAUUUCUUCAUUCCGUGCAAAUCAACGGGAGAUAAUAAAUGCAGUCCUGAGCGGUAGAGAUGUGUUGGUGAUUAUGGCUGCUGGUGGUGGUAAAAGUCUAUGUUACCAGCUUCCAGCUGUGAUUCGUGAUGGGAUUUGCCUUGUAGUCAGUCCUCUGCUUUCUUUGAUACAAGAUCAGGUUAUGGGUUUGACUGCUCUUGGGAUUCCUGCAUACAUGCUGACCUCAACUACUAGCAAGGAAAAUGAGAAGUUCAUUUAUAAGGCCCUUGAAAAGAAUGAAGGAGACCUCAAGAUAUUGUAUGUCACACCAGAGAAGAUAUCAAAGAGUAAAAGAUUUAUGUCAAAGCUUGAAAAGUGCCACCACACUGGCCGUCUUUUGCUCAUAGCAAUAGAUGAGGCACAUUGCUGCAGUCAGUGGGGUCAUGAUUUCCGCCCUGAUUACAAGAACCUUGGUAUUUUGAAGACUCAGUUUCCAACAGUUCCUGUUAUUGCUUUGACGGCAACUGCUACAAAGAAAGUUCAACUUGAUUUGAUGGAGAUGUUGCAUAUACCAAAAUGUGUAAAAUUUGUUAGUAGCGUGAACAGGCCGAAUUUGUUUUAUAUGGUGAGAGAGAAAUCAUCAACUGGAAAGGUGGUGGUUGAUGAAAUUGCUGAAUUUAUAAGGGGAUCAUAUCCUAAUAAUGAAUCUGGAAUAGUUUACUGCUUCUCUAGGAAAGAAUGUGAGCAGGUUGCAAAGGAAUUACGUGAAAGAGGAAUUAAAGCUGAUUAUUACCAUGCCGAUAUGGAAGUAAAAGACCGUGAAAAUGUUCACUUGCGAUGGAGCACUGGCAAGUUACAGGUCAUUGUUGGCACAGUGGCAUUUGGUAUGGGAAUCAACAAACCUGAUGUCAGGUUUGUCAUUCAUCACAGUCUGAGCAAAUCUAUGGAGACAUAUUACCAGGAAAGUGGACGUGCUGGACGUGACGGACAUCCGGCAGAAUGCCUUCUCUACUUUAGGCCUGCGGACAUGCCUAGGCAGAGUUCAAUGGUCUUUUACGAGAACUCUGGUCUGCAAAAUCUGUAUGAUAUAGUUCGGUAUUGUCAGUCAAGAACUGGAUGCAGGAGAGCUGCAUUUUUCAAACAUUUUGCUGAACCACUGCAACAGUGCAAUGGGAUGUGUGACAAUUGUGUUUCUUCUAGUGAGGUCAAAGACAUAGAUGUCUCCCGUCAUGCGAAAGCUAUGAUUUCUUUGAUACAAAAUAUACAAGAAAGUGAUCAGAAAGUCACAAUGUUGCAGUUGGUUGACAAGAUGAAAGUUAAAAAGGCAGACCUAGGUCCAGACUUGAAAAAAGAUCAUAUGGAGCAACUAGUCAUCCAACUUAUUAUAGAUCGUGUUUUAAAAGAAGAAUUUCAACACACAGCUUAUACAACAAAUGCUUAUGUGGCAUUGGGUCCAUUGGGACAGCAGGUCUUGCAAGGAAAGAAGAUGGUGAAUAUACAGGUCUGCUGUGGUAAGUAUAGUGAAGCUAAGGUCAUAAAGUCUGCUAAGCGCAAAUCGGCAUCAUCCAAUUUGGAAUUCAGGCUUGAUGAGCUGCGUAAGGAACUUGCUUCUCUUCAUGGAGGAAUGUUCCCUCACUCUAUUUUAUCUACUCAGCAGAUCAGCGUGCUUGCUGCUGAGAAACCAAAUUCAAUAGAACAGUUAGAGAAGAUGAUUGGGAAGGUGAAGACUGGGAAAUACGGAAGUAAAAUUCUCGAAGAGAUAGCUAACUACUGUGACUCUAAAAAACUUGAUCCUGAAAUCACUGGAGAAAAAGACAAUAAGGUCUCGAAGCGGGCAAAGACCUGUAUGACUCCUGUUCUCAUAGAUAACAGUGACGAAGAUGAACCAUAGAUAUAGCUUUAAGAAACAACAAAUAUAACUGUUGUUAAGAGUGUUGAGGGUAGAAAGUAGAGUAGGAAAAAAGUCCGGUUUUUCUUUCCUUUUUGUUUCCGUGUAAUUAUAGUCAUUACUUGUUUGGUAAAUGUCAAAUGUUCAUAUGCAUCUCUUGUUAGAGUAUGGCAAUAUCGCUAUAUCUUAAUUGAACAAAUUUGUGUCACAAGAGGUUUCAAGGAAGCGUUUUAAGGGGAAAAGAACCCUGCUAAAUUAAAUUUAGCCAAAUAGAGAUUAGCUUACUAGAGAACAUGUGUAUCUUGUUCAAGACAGAUUUUUGCCACAGUUCGAGAACGAAGGAGAUGAUAUACACAAAGAACUAUUAUCCAGAAUGACACAGAGCAAGAACUAUGUAUUUCACUAUUGAAAUGAGUCUGUAGCUUAAUUUACGAAUUUCCUUCCCUUUCCAUCAUUUGAGUUAAGAACAUCCCCCUGACUCGAUCCAAUAUCAGCAUCAAUACAGCACUACGGCCUCAAUUCGCCUUCGUAUCAAAUGAAUUGCUCUCGGGGUCUAGUUGGUGGAACCAGUUAGAAUGCCCAAUUUAGAGCAGGAAACUGUCUAAUAUAUUUGCCUCGGAAAUAUCUAUAUAAAGUCGUGCAUGCCUUCAAGCACCUCAAUGGGCACAACAACAAGGCUAUCAACGCAACGGAUUCUGAGCUUCUAGUUCGAGCACUGCAACGUGCGGGGUUUGUGGAUCUCUCAUUGCCAUGGACCAUAGAUGACAUACGUGCCUUGGCCCUUGGGGACAAUGUUCUAUUGGUGUACCCUCAACAAGGUCUCGCGGGCGCAAAUCCAACAAGCAUAUGAUCUUGCUACGUCCUGUCGUCGUUAGCCGGGUACCCUUAACUAAUCUGUUUGUUUUCUUUCUCUUUCCCGUGAUUGUCAAAA